UAAGUGUUCUGAACUCUGAUUGAAGAAUAUUUGACCAUGUGACUACUGACACAAUUCCCGCGCCGCUGCCCAAGGAAGAGCAGGUGCACGUGCGCGCUCGCGCGAAUAGCGUGGCUUCCAUUUUGAAAUAUUUAUUAAAAUGUUGGUUUUGUUUAAAUUCACAAUUAGAAAAAUUAUUAUUAAUGCUAUACACAACAGCUAAAAUUAAAUCUUACCUAUUCCAGUAGUUUAUCUAAACACAUACCUGAGAGCGCGUGGCAGCAUGCGCGUGUCAUGACUGAGCCGCGGCUUUUUAAACUGAGUUCUGUAAUAUCGGCUGAUUUAAUCAUUUAACGAUGAUUAAACUGAGCCGACCAUGGGCUGAAACGGCCCCAUCUGGACCUGCUCACGGUCUGCAGAUCCGGCGCGGCCCGCGGAGAACGAGGCCGACCCCAGCGGGUCGGAACCAGCCAGACUUAUCUCAGCAGCCUCGCAGGAAGCCGCCCGGCCCUACCCUGCUGAUCCAGAGGCAGGAGAUGGCCGCCUUCUUCAGACUGUUCGAUGAUGAUCUAAUACAGGACUUUCUGUGGAUGGACUGCUGCUGCAAACUUACGGACAAGUAUUUGUUGGCUAUGACAUUUGUGUACUUCAGGAGAGCUCGUUUCAGUAUCACUGAACACAACAGAAUGAACUUCUUUCUUGCCCUCUAUCUGGCGAACACAAUGGAAGAGGAUGAGGAGGAGACCAAAUAUGAGAUCUUCCCCUGGGCUCUGGGAAAAAGCUGGAGGAAACAUUUCCCACAAUUCCUAAAGCAAAGAGACCAACUGUGGGCACGCAUAGAGUACCGAGCUGCUGUCAGCAGACGAUGCUGCGAGGAGGUGAUGGCUAUUGUGCCAUCUCAUUUCGUCUGGCAGCGCGAGCGGGCAGAGCAUCACAGUGGUGCUCAGAGGCUGUACAAAAGUUGUAAGGGGAUCCCCAUUCCCCGUGGGCCUGCUGCUUCUCCAGAGCCUUGUUCCCUUUGUCACAAAACCUCUGCUGUUCCUGUGCCUCGCCCAUCCUCUACUGUGCCCCUGGAGACCAAAGCUUCACACAGGCCCAGUAAGAUGACCAAAGCUCAGCACACCUAUAACUGCACGACUAUAGCAGGAAGUGAUGGGGUCAGCGAAAUGUGUCAAGAUCAUUCGAUGGACUGGAUCAAUGAGGAGUAGCUCGACUGCAUAACAUAAAACAGAUCAUAUUUGCCUGUUGACUAUAUCAGAGGCACUUCAGCUGUCUGAGGGGCAGAACAGAAUUUCACUCUCUAAACUGACCUCAUAAGAAAUGUACAGCAUUGGUGUGAAGAGUAAUGGUCAUGUACAUUGUUCAUAUAAUAUCUAAAGAAUAUGUCAGACAAUCCUCUCACUAUGUGAAGGUUUGUACAUGUAUUUUACUGUAUCAUAAUCCUCAUCACUAUUUGUUUCAUAUUGUUGUACAAAGUACUGCUAUUUCUGUAUUGUGCACUUUCUGUCAGAGUCUGUCUUAAUGAAACAAGUAAAACAUUUGGCUGAUAGAAAUAUGAAUGUGAAUAAACAACUAUGAAAUUUA